GCUUGGCGCGGGAUCGUCCCCCAACAAAGCUUCUCCCCCGUACACCUCCCCCGUUAUCAUUUUCUGCUUUAUUCCCUUCCGCACUUUGCCAUCAUGGAUCUGUCGAAAUACACCGAAUGCCUUUCGCAGUGGCCUGAUUAUCUGGCUCCAGGCCUGCCGACCGUCGGAGCAUCGCUGUUGCUGGCGACAGGCGGGCUGGUCGUCGCCAGCAAAGUGUGGACGUUUCUGCGGGUGCUUCUGAGUUUGUUUGUGCUUCCGGGCAAGCCGCUCCGCUCGUUCGGUCCGCCCGGUAGCUGGGCGGUGGUGACAGGGGCCUCGGAUGGACUGGGCAAGGAGUUCGCGCUGCAGCUGGCGCGGGCGGGAUUCAACAUUGUGCUGGUCUCGCGGACGGCGUCGAAGCUGACGGCGCUGGCGGAGGAGAUUUCCGCGCAAUUUCCGGCGGUGCAGACCAAGACGCUGGCGAUGGACUUUUCACGCAACGCCGACGCCGACUACGCUGCGCUGGGGGAGUUGGUUUCGGAGCUGGACGUAUCGGUGCUGGUCAACAACGUGGGGCUGAGCCAUUCGAUGCCAGUGCCCUUCGCCCAGACGCCCGCGUCCGAGCUGGCCGAUAUCAUCACCAUCAACUGCACGGGCACGCUGCGCGUCACCCAGCUGGUCGUCCCCGGCAUGACGCAGCGCCGCCGCGGUCUUAUUUUGACUAUGGGUUCGUUCGGCGGCCUGCUCCCUACUCCGCUGUUGGCCACCUACUCCGGCAGCAAGGCCUUCCUGCAGCAGUGGUCCACUGCGCUGGGUGCCGAGCUGGCCCCCUAUGGCGUUGACGUCGAGCUCGUCCAGGCGUACCUGAUUACCUCGGCUAUGUCGAAGAUCCGUCGUGCCUCCGCGUCCAUUCCCACGCCCCGCGCCUUUGUUCGCGCCGUGCUGUCGAAGAUCGGUCGCCACGGUGGCUCGUCCACGUACGCUUACAGCUCGUCUCCCUACUGGAGCCAUGGUAUCAUGGCGUGGUUCUUGACCUCUGUGACGGGGCCUAUGAACGGUUUUGUGCUGUCCCGGAAUAAGGCCAUGCAUGAGUCUAUCCGCAAGCGUGCUCUGCGCAAGGCGGAGCGUGAGAGUGGCAAGAAGAGCACUUGA